UCAAUGUCACUUUGGUUUAGUUUGGUAUCACUGCUGAUAUCACGGAAAUUAUUGUUGCGCAUUCAAGAACUUUACAGAAUAAAGGUACUAACAGGUUUCUCAGCGUAUUUGCAUUGUUUAGUAAGUUAAACAACACUGAUAUAAUGGCCGAGACUAAGGAAAACAUUUUUCUUUUCGUUCCCAAUAUAAUCGGAUUUGCGCGUAUCUUCCUUGCUAUUAUAGCAUUUUAUUAUAUGCCUACACACUGUGUUUUGGCAUGCAUUUGCUAUAUUACAUCGGCUUUAUUGGAUGCGGUCGAUGGUCAUGCAGCCAGAUACCUCAAUCAAAGUACUAAGUUUGGAGCUAUUUUGGACCAGCUGACUGAUAGAGCGGGGACAGCUGGCCUCUUGAUGACAUUGGCAACAUUCUAUCCUCGAUACACUUUCUGGCUGCAGUUGUCUAUGGUCAUUGAUAUAACUGGCCACUGGCUCUACCUCCACACUUGUAUGCUGCAAGGGAAGACUUCUCAUAAGUUUAUUGACAUGUCAGAGAAUCCAAUCAUGCAUGUCUACUAUACCAACAAAACUGUCUUAUUCCUGAUGUGCGCUGGAAAUGAAGCAUUUUAUGCAUUAUUGUAUGUAAUGCACUUCUAUACUGGACCUACAGUGUUGGGUGUGGGACUAUUCAAGUUGCUAGCUCUCCUGACAAUGCCAGUGGCGGUUGUAAAGGCUUUCAUUACGAUUGUCCAUCUCAUUGUGGGAUCUAUCAACUUGUCAAUCAUUGAUGUAAAUGAACGAGCCGCGAUCGCUGAGAAACAGAAGAACUGAAUGGAAUGUAUAUUACAUUUUAGUAUUUUCCAGAAUAAGGAUCAAGUUGUCUUCUGUAGAUUUAUGUUUUAUAAAUACUUGUAUUAAAAAUAAAUUAAUAGUAUGGUGUAAUAUCAGUUGGUAGAAUUUUGUGUAUGAUUUGUCUUAUUAAUGGAAUUUCGAUGUCAACAAUCUCAGAAAAAUGUGAAUGAUUUUGUAAGGAUUUAAAAAUCUGUUGUAAACUUUGACAUUCUCAAUUUAAACAUAUUCUGUGUUUUCUAGUCGAAUAUUCUAAGCUAUGGUUGGUUUAUCAUUCUUUUAAGAAAUUAUAAUAAAAUGGUUAUGGUUUUAUAUUGUGUGAAAUUGUUGUUCAAUAAUCACCUUAUUGUUGUCUUUCUAAUAUCAUAAAUGUGAAAGUUUAUAUGGAUGUUUGUUAGAGUUUGUAGCCUAAAUGGCUGAAAGGAUCUGGAUGAA